AAGCAGGGCAGGCGAAACUGCUUGAUCAUGCUGUGCUGCUGCAGGUGAUCAAAGAACAGCAGGUACAACAGAAGCAGCUACUUGACCAGCAGGCAAAACUGCUGGCUGUAAUUGAAGAGCAGCACAAGGAGAUCCACCAGCAAAGGCAGGAGGAGGGAGGAGAGGAGAAGCCAAAGCAAGUGGAAACGCAGCAGGAGCCCGCUGUGCCCCUCUCCAAGAGCAAGGAGGACGAGGGUCUCGGAGCUAAGCAAGAAGCUGCUGCAAAGCAGCUCAACAAAGAGCUGUUGGAGCACGCUGCGCAGGGCCCGGGCAGGCAGCCUGCUGACUCCGUGGAGCAGCGCAGGGGGACUGCAGGAAAGCUGGAAGAGGAUGGGCACAGACGUGAGAUUCCUGGGGUUCCUCCCAAGGAGCGGAAGGUGCCGCCGCAGGAGAAUGACAGAGCUGUUAAAAAUCCUGCAGAGAACUGGGAUCCCCUUCAUGGGGAUGCUCAACACAUUCCAGCAGCCAGAAACCACCUAGAAAAGAAGCCCUUGGCGGAGGAUUUAGGAGGAGAUCACGAAGCCAAAGCUGGAAGAGACGUCCACGAGAAGAAGAAUUCCCUGAAAGCCGUGGAAGUAGCUACAGCUCCCAUCCAAAGAGAACAGCUGGGGGCUGCCAAAGUUCAGGGAGUGGCAGGAAAGAGUCUGGAAAGAGACUCAGGAACAGACCUUAAAGCCAAAGCACUGAGUCAGGUGGAGCCCAAAGACCUGGCAGUUGCGCUGGACUCCUCCAGUAAAAGGAACGUGGCAGAGAGCGAGCAGCACCUACGGGAGCGUCAGAGAGGUGCAGACGCCGAGGGAGGCGAGGGUGCUGGCAGGCGGCAGCAGGCCUUGCAGAAGGACCUGGCUGGCAAAGGGGAGCUAAAGGAAGAAGCUCUUCGGGAGAACGUGGCCCAGGACCCGCAGGGAGGUCUCCGGAGCAAGCAGAGGCAUGGGAAUGGGGGUCUCUCAAACGACGCUGAGAAGAAACCGGGCCCUGAGAACGCUCCUGCCCAAAAGCCCGAGAGAGGAGCAGCUGCCCAGGGGGAGCAGAAGCUGGACCACGAUGUCAAACCAAACCGGGACCUGAAACUGCAGGCGGACCUGGACCUCCGCCGAAGGAGACGGGACCUGCUGCCUCCCGAGGAGGAGGAGGAGGAGGAGGCUGCACAGGGGGCGGGGGUCUUCAUUGGCCUGAACCCCCUUCCAGAUGUGAAAGUAAAUGACCUCCGGAGUGCUCUAGAGACACGAUUAAACCAAGUUGCGGAGGGGGCUCAGCAGGUGGUCCACAGCCGGCAGAUCAAGCAGAUGACGCAGGCGGACGGGAGCAUGUGA